ACGUGGCAAUUGCAUAGAUUUUUAGUUCAUUAUAAUUUAGUCCAAGUAUUCCCUGCAAUGAAGAAGUGUUUUCUGUGGGGGAAAAGGGAUGGUGGCGUCACGGAGUUUGAUGACGAAUCUUUUACAAAAUGCUACCAAAUUUUGGCUUUCCGUCGUCACAAAACCACGCACAUGGAGAAGUAGAAUUGUGCCGUGAAAAUCUAAAUGCAAUCGGCAAACAUCCGCAAUGCUGCAGGAAAAUAAUUGUUCUGAAAAGGAAAUUUCGAGAUGAAUUCGUCAAGUUUCGAGAAAAGAUACAGAAUGAUGAUAACGCUAAAAAGAGAAAUGCUAUGCCUGAAAUGCAAAGCACUAAUAAUCCAGGAAGUGAAUUAAAUAACCAGAAAGAAAAAUGUCGUGUACCUCUUUCUGAAUCUGUAGGUGUUGGUGAUUGUUGCGGCUCUAUUCAGAAGGAUUCAAACACAACCUCCACUUCUAAACGACCGAUUAUUGAAGCAGAGACUUCUUCGACGUCACAUGAAGUAAAACCGUCGUUAAUGCAACAGUCAUCGUUAUUACAGGAAAAGGCAUCGGCGGUUUCUUCGAGUAAGUCAAGACGAGAAACAUGCGUCAUAUGCAACACUGUUCGAAAGAACGUCGGUAACCAAAAGGCAUGUGCUUCCGUUACAAAGUGUGUUGAAAGUAUUCAAAAAUUAAGACAAGCGGCCACUACUUUAAAUGACACGGCGUUACUGUCGAAACUAGAAAAUAGUGUCAAAGUUCCUUAUCACCCAACGUGUCUUUUGAUAUAUAAAAGAAAAAGUAUUAAAAUUGCGAAUGAACAACCUGGAAGUGGGCCUUGGCACAGUAGUCGACAACUACACAAAGAAGCUUUCGAUUCACUAUCCGUUACAAUACGACGAGAAAUAAUUGAAAACGGAAAAGUCCUCUACUUGUCAGAAUUGUUCGAAUGGUACAGGGCCCUGUUACAAGAGUUUCAGGGGAAGAAGUUGCCUAAUGAAAACUUGUCAUUGGGCGAUGUUCCUAAAGGCGAAUGUAACAUUCCAAAGGAGUUAUUGUCUUUCGUUAGCAAGAUUGUACAAGGUCCAGAUAGUCGUCGGCAAGAUUCUGAGGAUGAUCUUCCGAAGUUGAUGUUAUUAUGUUUCAACUCUCAAACAUUCAUUGACGACAGUCAACGUCAAGUUGUAUAUUAUCUACCACCAUUAAAUUCGUCACCUACGUCAAACGCAAUGGUUCACGAAACAAUGGACCGCGCUAAAGAUAUUGCAGCACAGUGUAAUCAGGAGGUAAUCAUUGUCACCUACGAUUUAGGGGUUGCAAAAAUCGCGAUGCAGAUUCAAAAGGCUGCAGUUCUUGCAUUUUAUUGCCUUUUUAUAAACCUAGGAAGUUUGAACCAUUUCUUAGCUUACUUCAAGGCUCUCGGGAAAUUCAUCGAAUCGGCAGGUUUGAUUGAAGUUGUGGUCCAGGCAUAG